GCAUAUCUGGCAACCCUGAAUAGCUCUCCUCUCACACGUGAACAUGGCGGACGAUAAGGACCCUUUCAGGCAGCUGAAGGAUCUCACGCUGCUUAAAGGCCAGCUGGAGGACAUUCGGCAGCGAGUGGAGAGUGAGGUUCCUCAGGGUGGGAGUGUUCUGAGCUCUCCCUUGCUCAAGGGCUUCCUAGCUGGAUAUUUCGUAGCAAAGCUGCGUUCAGCAGCCAUUAUGGGCGUGCUUCUGGGAACUUGCACAGGCAUCUACGCUGCACAGAACUAUAACAUGCCCAACAUCGAGCAGACCAUCAAGGGCUAUUUCAACUCUUUUAAGAAAAGUAAAUAGAGUCAUGGACAUGGACGGUGUUUGGGAAGAAUCAUCAACCUCAAAAGUCUUUCCAGGAAGUACUACAUCCCUACACAAGUCAUACAGUUUUAGAGGGACUGGCAAGUCUAAAGCAUGUGUAAACCUUUAAAGAGAUGUUACCUGGUUGCCAGUAUGAAAGAAAUAUACACUUGAAGCUUUAAGAGUUUUCCUAAAGAGAUGUAACAUAAUCAUCAUCAGUGUAGAGCCGGUAUCACUUUCAGUGCUCUCACUGAUAUUUAAGAUGGUGAGCUAAACAUUAUGAUCUGGGACCUGUCUAAAAGGUGUUUUUUUAUUUUCCCCUAAAGAUUUUCUAACAUUCCAGUCAGCCUCUGUUGAAAUUUGCACUGCAGGUUGGUUGAAUUAUUCACAGCAUAUACCAUGUCACCAGUGUCUAAUUACAGCUCACUUGGCACUGAUUUGAGCCCCUCAGCGUAGCUGAUGGGGUGAUGACCAGGCAUGUGAGUGUUACUGCCUUUCUGAUGCUGGAAGCACAUUUGCACAUUAUCCCUGCUGGUUUGAUGUUGUAUUGAAUGGGAGAUAAUGAAACAAAUGUUUGUGUACCAAAAAUGUUAUCAGGGUUUGAACCAGUUGACUUCUAUGCAGUUGGUUUAAAAAUUGCUGACAAACGUAUAAAUGUUAAUCCAGUGCUAAAAUAGUGUGACGAUUCUAAGUGCCAUUGACUUUCAUCUCUUAUUUCUUGACCAAAAGUAAAAACUCAUUUGCAAUAUUC